UCUGAUUAGUUAUGUCUAAUCAAAAUGGCGAUCCUCAUGUGAGGGACGACGGCUGUUUACUCGUUACAUUUUGACCAUUAAUACAUGACAUAUAUUAAAUCAACUCUGAAUCAGCCAUGUUAUCAAGCAUGGCUUUAAGAAGUGUUUUUAAAUCGACAUCUGUCGUUCUGCGAGAAUGUGGUGUUUUAUCCAGGCUGAAAGGAACCUGUGCGUCUCUCCAAUUGAAACAUGGGGCAUUCACCUCUGUCAUCACAGGGCCUUCACACAGCAACAGUGAGACUGCAUUGACAGGUAUUGGGAGUUUCACCAUUCAGUCUGUGAGAAACUAUACCCGUGUCGUAAGAAAGAAGAAGCCAGUGAUGAACAGUCAGUUGAGUGAUCUUCCUCCGACAAUGCUGAAAAUGGAAUAUGCCGCUGUUCCACUCGCUCAAACAGCUGAUGACCUGGUCAAAAGACUUCUGACACUGGAACUAGCAAGCCAUAGCGAGAAGUUGAAAUUGAAAACGGAACAGCUGAUUGCAAAAGUCCAGAGGGAUGAAGCUGACCGCAACUCUACAGAAGUCAAGGUGGCCAUUUUGACCUCCAAAAUCCGAAACUACCAGGAGCACCUGCACAAACAUACAAAGGACAAAGCGAACAAGCGAUGGAUGCUCAUGGCCAUUGACCGCAGGAAGAAGCUGCUCAAGCACCUCAGGGUAACGCGCUACGACGCCUUUGAACAUGUCUGCCAGCAGCUGGGCAUCACCUACACUUUCCCCCCGGAGUACUACAGACAUGCCACCCGACGCUGGCUGGCCAAGAAGGCCCUGUGCAUAAAGGUCUUCAAAGAGGUGCAGAAACAGAAACUGGAGCAAAGGAAGAAAAUUAAGCAGACCCCUCCCCCCACGCUGGCAGAACCAGCCAGGACAGCAGCUACAGGAACCCAAUAAACUGCUACAGUAUCCAAUGUCUGUCUUACUCUAUGCAUUCAGUCUUGCUCUCAAUGGACAAAUUCGUUUUGCAUGGCCCAGUGAGCGGGGUUUGCUCUUUUUCGACCAUUCCAUUUGUCCUAAGGAGAAAUCUCCACCCACCCAUGCCACCAGGCCAUGUAAAAUGACUUUUCCCAUGUAUUGUUAUACUGUAAUAAGAAACAUGAAUAACUUAUUGUUUGUAGUACACCAAGUCUUCAUUCUUCUUGUCCCUUCUGCAAGUAGAUGCAUCAUCAAACCACAUUUGGACAAAUAAAUGCAGUGGCGCAGAUAUGUGGUUUCGGUGUGGGCAAUGUGUAUGUGCUCCGCGUAUGUCACCUGAGAGUGUCAAAUACACCCACAAUUAAUAAUUUAAUAAAAUGUAUUGUAUAAUCUA